UGUUCAGACAGGAAACGGUCUCCUAGUGACACCUCCUCCUUUACGGCAAAUGGAACAUGGCGGAGAGUGAGAAAUCCGUAGACGGACUAGAGCUCAGUAAGGAAUGGCAGGAGGCUGUGGACAGCAGAGCAGAGCUGCUCCGCUACCUAAAGGAGCAGGUGCCACAGAUCUUCUGCCUAAAGAAGGAGCCAAGCCCUCAGGAAGAAGAAGAACUCAUGCAGAAUCGUCUCCUCCACCCUCUGGAGUGCUUUUUGUUUGGAGAGGAUCCUCAGGAGGGUCUGGAGAAGCUCAAGCAUGGCAGCACCUCUUCCCAGUUCUGUGGACGUGUGUUCAAAGAGGGAGAGACAGUCUACUCCUGCAGGGAUUGUGCAAUAGAUCCUACUUGUGUGCUGUGCAUGGACUGCUUCCAGGAUAGUGUGCACAAAAGCCAUCGAUACAAGAUGCAUGCAUCAUCAGGUGGGGGGUUCUGUGAUUGUGGAGAUGUAGAAGCCUGGAAGAUUGGUCCUUGUUGCUCUAAACAUGACCCAGGGGCUGCCACAGCCAUGGUAAUGGAUGACUGUGUGCUGGAGCCUGAGAUAUAUGAACGUGCUGAGAAGCUGUUCCGGAUACUGCUGCGCUACAUCACAGAUUUUCUGGUGUGGGAAGAGAACUUUGAGCUAUCUGCAGAACUCCAGCCUCGGACAAAAGAAAAUACAUACUACUGUGUACUGUACAAUGAUGAGCACCACUCAUACGACCACGUGAUCUACACCCUGCAGCGGUCUGUUAACUGCGAUCAGAAUGAAGCGCAUAUGCACACAACACUUAUUGACAAGGAGGGUCGACGGGCAGUAAAGAGAGGAACUCUUCGUUCAUGUCAACAAGCAAAAGAUCUCAUCAGGUCCAACUCCGAGCACAUUUCCCUGCAGCCUCUGCGUGUAGAGAUCUUGCAUGCUACAGUAAUGGCUCAUCAAACCUUUGCUGUCCGCCUCGGCUCCUGGUUCCAGAAGGUCAUUGGUUAUUCAGUGGGCUUCCGGCAAGCCUUCUGUCAGGUGGCUUUGGAGCCAAACGUGGACAGAGACCGACCUUGUCUUAUUAGCCGGCUCAUGUUGCACGAUGCCAGGAUGUACAAAGGAUCUCGCAAGAUAGUUCAUGAGCUGAUUUUCUGUAGCAUGUUGAUGGACACUGAAUUUAAGAGGCUUUUUGCAAUCGAGUUUACAAAGUACUACAAACAGCUGCAGAAGGAUUUCAUCAAUGAUGAUCAUGACAGGAGUAUAUCCAUCACAGCUCUGUCUGUUCAGAUCUUCACUGUUCCCACACUAGCCAGGCAGCUGAUUGAAGAGGGCAAUGUCAUUAAAGUGAUAGUUGAUACAGUCAUGGAACUGCUGCAUGAACAUCUUGACGGCAGCAAUCGAUUUUUCUUUCUGGGCUACAACUCAGACAAGUUCUCACGCAUCCAGGUUAUCUUCCAUGACCUCAGAUAUAUUCUUAUCAGUAAACCCUCAGUGUGGACUGAGGAGCUGCAGAAACAGUUCCUAAAGGGGUUCAGAGUUUUUCUUGGGCUUCUAAAGUGGAUGCAGGGCAUGGAGGAGGUGAAGCGGCAGCUUGGUCAACAUAUUGCUGUGGAGCCAGAGUGGGAAGCAGGCUUUACUCUCCAGAUCCAGCUCCGCCACAUUCUUGCUAUGUUUCAGGACUGGUGUUCAUCUGAUGAUGAGAUCUUGCUGCUUGCAUUUAAAGAGUGCCACUCAGUGCUGAUGCAAUGUGACAACCAGCCCUUCCACAGGGAGGCCACUGACUACUAUAUGUGCAAACACAUUCUCCACAUUCGUCCAUAUAAAGUCUCUCAGGAGCCAGCCAGCAUACACCUGCCGCUCUCCAGGCUACUGGCUGGCUUGUAUGUACUUCUGUGUGAAACAGGGGCAAUUAAACAUCUGGAUAAUGCUGAAAGCUAUGACUUCACUCAGCUUGCCGAGCAUCCUCUGCGCUGUGUAGUGCUGGCCGCACAGGUCUCAGCUGAAAUGUGGCGAAGAAACGGGCUGUCGUUGGUCAGCCAGAUCUACUACUAUCAGGAUGUAAAAUGCAGGGACGAGAUGUAUGAUAAAGAUGUUGUCAUGCUGCAGAUUGCUGCUUCCAAAAUGGAUCCAAACCACUUCCUGAUGCUGAUCCUGCUAAGAUUCGAGCUCUUCGAGUACUUCAAUGGAAGUUGCUCAAGUAAAGACCAGGAUGAGCUAAUGCAGUGGAAUCGUUUGACAGAGGAGAUGCUGUACCUGCUGAUUGUCAUCAUUGGCGAGCGCUAUGUUCCUGGGAUCAGUCAGGUGACCAAAGAGGAUGUGACAAUGAGAGAGGUUAUUCACCUGCUCUGCAUUGAGCCCAUGGCUCAUAGCAGCCUAGUUAAAAACCUGCCAGAGAACGAAAGCCAUGAAACAGGCCUGGAAACCGUGAUCACCAAAGUUGCUACAUUCAAAAGGCCAGGAGUGUCUGGGCAUGGAUUAUAUGAAGUGAAAAAAGAGCAACUAGUAGAGUUCAACCCUUUCUUCUACCAUUAUUCAAGAUCUCAGCAUAGCAAGGCAGAGGAGUCUCAAAAGAAGAGGAGAAAUCAGGAUGGCAAUGAUAAAGUUCUGCGCCCCCCAGUGCCUCCAGCCUUUUGCCCAGCUUUCUCCAGUAUUGUGCGCCUCCUCUGCUGCGAUAUUAUGAUCCACAUCCUGAGACACAUCCUGCAGAGAGCUGCAGAAGACCGGCCCAAUCACUGGACAGAAGCCAUGAUCCAGAGGGCCUUGCACCUGAUUGGUCAGGCUUUGCUGGAGGAGAAAACACAGCUUGAGGAUAGCACCAUGGAGGAAGUAACUUUUAAUUUCAGCCAAAAGGCCUGCGCAAUUGGUUCAGAACAUGGCAAGUCACUGUUUGUCUUGCUGUCCAAGAUUAAGACUUUGCCUUCUCUUGAAGCUCAGAAAGACAUGGUGACAUGGCUUCUACAGAUGUUUGAGAUUGUCAAGUGCCUUAGAGAGAAGUCCAGUCCGACAGUGUCCAUGAGCAUGGAAACGUCCAAGCCAGAAGAGAGUGCUCAGGACAAAGAAAAAGCUGAGCGGAAAAGGAAAGCAGAGGCAGCUAAGCUUCACCGGCAGAAGAUCAUGGCCCAGAUGUCUGCGAUGCAGAAGAACUUUAUUGAGUCAAACAGGAUGCUGUAUGACAACAUGCCUGAGAGUGGCACACAAGGAGAACCUGUUGCAUCUACUGAGAAUUGUGCCAUGGAGCAGCGGGAACUUUGCACAGCCAUUGGGCCUCAGAGAGGGCCCACCCCAGCUGAAAGGGAUGUGCUAACUUGCAUUCUCUGCCAGGAGGAGCAGGAGGUGCUACCUCAGGCUCCAGCCAUGGUACUGACUGCAUGUGUCCAAAGGUCUACUGUGCUGACACAGUGCCGUGGAAAGAUACCGGUCAACAAAACAGAUGGACCCGGGACAUAUCCCCUGUUCAUGUCUCCUGAUUUGGCUGUGGGGACCCACACUGGCAGCUGUGGACACGUCAUGCAUGCCACAUGCUGGCAAAAAUAUUUUGAGGCAGUUCAGAAUACAACCAGGAACCGGCUCCAUGCUGAACUGAUCGUUGAUUUGGAGAACGGAGAAUACUUGUGUCCCUUGUGCAAGUCUCUGUGCAAUACUGUGGUUCCACUCAUCCCAUUAGAACCACUAACCUUUAAUUAUGAAAAUGCAGAAAUAAUAAGACCGCAUUUGACUCUGCCUCGCUGGAUCCAGAUCAUCUCGGCCAGGAUUAAAGGACUGAAGUCAGUCACUCAGGAUAACGAUUUGAAUGCCGAAUGUUCUAAUGAUGGUGGUAGUGGGAUUGGUGGCACCACUGGGCUGUACGGAGAGGGCCAGCCAGACUUCAGGUCCAUUCUGAGCUUUGGAGUACAGGAACCGAGAAAAUUCUCAGACAGCAUUGCAGAGAUGCUGGUUGUGUGCGCCACCACAGUCCACAGGGUGGGACUGAAGACGGCACCCAAUGAGCUGUGUCCCCGUGUGCCCCUCAUGGCCUGGAACACAUGUGCCUUCACUAUUCAGGCCAUAGAGAACAUUUUGCAAGAAGAGGACAAACCACUGUUUGGAUCCCUACAAAACAGACAGCUUGCAGGUCUGAAGGCGAUUGUUCAGUUUUCAGCAUCACAAAGACUUAAGAGCCCCAUGGCUGCCAUCCAAAGACACUUCACUGACAUGAUGGGGGUCUUGCUUCCUGUCAUGGGCAGAAAGAACACACCUUCUAUUCUGGAGAUAGACUGCUUCCAUCUUCUGGUUGGAUUGGUGUUGUCUAUACCCUCACUUUAUCAAGAGGAGAGUGUAGAUUUACAGCCAUCUGUUGUGAGCUCUGCCUACAAUCACCUCUACAUCUUGCAUCUGGUCACCAUGGCUCACAUUUUGCAGGUCCUCUUGACUUCUACAGAUUUUCCUGCUGUGGGGGAUGGAGAGGAGACGGAGGAGGCAAGAGCAGCAGCAGAGUUUUACACAGCAGUAUCUCAGCACACUGCCAGGUUGAUUCCAGAUUUGUCCGGCAGCUCUGUAGCACAAAGAGUGAAGACGGGAAUUGAACCUUUCCUGCGCUGUGCUGCUCUCUUUUUCAACUGCCUUACAGGAGUACAUCCUCCAGAGGAGCUUUCUAGUACUUCCGUUGGACCUCGAGGGCAGAUGGAGGAUCUAUGCACUUACUUGGCACUACCCUUCAAUGUGUUCCAGCUCUUCCAGGACUACAGGGACACCGUUUCCCCUCUGCUUCAGAAGUGGUGUGGGAGCCCAGCUAUAGCGAAAGCUCUGAAAGGCAAAACCCAGCUUGUCAGUUAUCCCAGGAAAAGGAAUCGUUUGAUUGAUCUUCCUGAGGAUUACAGCGUUCUCCUCAAUAAAGCCAGCCAUUUUCAAUGUCCAAAAUCAGCAGGUGAUGAGAGGAAGCAUCCAACUCUGUGCCUGUUUUGUGGGGCAAUGCUGUGCUCGCAGAGCUCAUGCUGUGUCAGCAAACUGGACGGGGAGGAAGUGGGGGCCUGCACUGCCCACGCUGCUAACUGUGGAGCUGGAGUGGGCAUGUUCCUUAGGAUAAGAGAGUGUGAAAUCGUACUGAUGGCCAGUAAGACUCGAGGAAGCACAUACCCAGCUCCUUACCUGGAUGACUAUGGGGAGACUGAUCCUCAUCUUGGGAGGGGCAAUCCAUUGCACCUUUGUCCUGAGCGCUACAAGAAGCUGAACCAACUGUGGCAGCAGCACUGCAUCCUGGAAGAAAUCGCCCGCAGCCUGGAGGUGGUCAACGUUAUGUUCGCCUUCGAGUGGCAGAUGUUGUGAUGAUUAUUGAAGCUGUGAUGGCAGGGAAAUAGUGAGCACAGCCAUAGAGACACACAAACACACAUAUGUUAGAUGCACGCGUAUACAUUCAUAUGCAUUGAAAGCCUUCCACAAUCAAAGGGGGCUCAGCCCCCCUCGGUGAGGCGCUACAGUCAAGGCUAAAGAAUGAUGGAAGAUGGUGGAUGAUAAUGUAACCGAUGUCGCCUUGCUUUAAUUUGAUUGUCUGCAGUGAGGAUGAGUUUCACUCAGAGUAAUGUUCGCAAAUAAGCCUAUUCAAAUAAACACAUCAAAUACACUUUUUUUCUUUGUUUUUAGUUUGUAGAUUUGAUUUCUCUUACUAAUGUGAAUUAUUCUGCAUUCUGUGUUUUAUUUUUAAAAGUUCUGAUUUGUUUUUAAGUUAUAAUUAUUCAAGUUUUUUUUUCUGUAGGGUUCAUUUAUGUGGAAGGGUGAACAGAGAUCCAGUACAUUUAACUUUUGCCUCUUAACUGUAAAGAUGCUCUAAUUAUUAACCUGCUUUCACCUUACUCAUGUAUGAACACAUGUAUAAUGAUUAAAACCAAUAUAAAACAUACUUUAUAUUUGUUUGCAUUCAAACAGAUUUAGUAUUGUAAGAGGUACUGUAAUCCUCCACAAUUCCUUGUGUACAAGCAGCCAUUUUGCUGCCAGUUGUCUGAAAUUCAGCCAUAUUAAUAUCUACAGUGACUUUAUAAAACUCUCAAUGAAUAUAAAUGAAAACACUUUCAAAUACAGUAUGAUAUUGUGAGAUCCCUUCUAGAAAAAAAAAAUGACGCCAUAAAGGAUGCAUGCUAGUUAUUGUGAGAUAGAUGAUUUCAUUCCCCAUGUUUUGUUAAUUCACAAAACAUGAAAUGAAUUUAAGAAAAGUAAGAAAUUACAUUUUAUGAACUACAAAGAAAUGGAAAGACAAAAUGCAGAAAUGUGGUACAUCAUUGAAGUCGCUCCUCUAGUUCUCAAAACAAAAAUUGUAAAUAUAUAGUUCCUUGCUUUUUGUGUUGUUUGACAAAGCUAUGACUUCCAGGCUGUGAAAUAAAGACACAAGCCAAUGUACUGAC